AAAAGUCAUUUAAAAAAGAAGAAAAUAAGAAAAUUAUAAGUCGAAUAAAAUUAAAAAAAAGCGGAAAAUUUUGUAAUAAAAUUGAAAUAAUCGAUUUUGUGAUUAAAAGUUCUGGCCGGAUUAAUGUCUCUUUGUAUGUGUUUAGUGCUUAUAACCAGCAAUUAUUGGAUUAUACCUUAAAACCCUCAAAAAGUUGAUUAUAUACAAACUGUGUAUAUUGAACGCGUACAGUUACAUCUUUUGGAUAUUUUUAAGGGAAAUAUCUUUUUAGUAAUAACAACAGCAACAAAAAUUACUUGAACAUGUCAUCUGCCAUGGAUAACAAUUUACCAACGAAUGUUGCUGCAAAUGGUACAAAUCAUAGUUCACACAAUAACACUGAAAGUAACAGUGCAAAACUUAAAUCGGCACAAAAUAGCAGUAGCAGUGAAGUGGGCAGCGCCGAGAAACUUUCACCCGAUAACGAUAUUUUCAUAAAUCCCGCCGAUGGUUUGUCCAGUCAACAUCCGUCAUUGCCGCCAGAAUGCGAUGUUGAAAGCGAAAAUGAACCCGAAGUUGAUCGUGACUCCUUUGACGAUUUGCCAACAUCCAUUAUAGUGACAAAUAUCCAUUCAGAGGUGUUCGCCGAUCCUCAGUUAAAACAGGAAAUGGAAGAUUUAUUUCGGACAUUUAGUGAAUCGGCCACAUUUCAAUGGCUGCGCAGUUUUAGGCGAUUGCGCGUCAAUUAUGACAGCGCCUUGGCAGCGGCGAAUGCGCGCAUCAAACUGCAUCAGUAUGAAUUCAAUAAGAAAACAGUAAUUACUUGUUAUUUCGCUCAGCCGGUAACGCCAGUCUCGCAAAUAAAUUUGCAACCACCUGCACCCGUUAAACAGUUUCUUAUAUCGCCACCGGCUUCACCGCCCGCUGGUUGGGAGCCACGCGAAGAAGCUGAACCAUUGGUAAAUCAUGAUCUUUUAGCAGCUUUAGCUAGUUUAACGCCGGGCGCAUCACAUGAAUUGCAUCCGCAAAGUGAUGACCAACCCGGUAUUAUUGUGCACACAGCUAAAUUGCCCGAUGAUGGUUCUGGUGUAAUAGCGGGUCCUAAACGUCCCAUUGUUCAUACCAAAUGUCCAGAAAGAGCAUAAAAAUUGAGCUUGAUUUUCUACUAAGGAUCGCUGAUAGUUUAAGGAUUAGUUAAAGUGUGAGUUGAAGUUGUUCGAAAAAAAAAAAAAAAUAAUAUAAUGUUUAUAUAAAAAAUAAAAGAAAAAGUUUUUCUUUUUCUUCUUUUUGUUUGUUGCUGUGAAUAUUAAGCUCCUUUAAGUUUAGUUGAAAGAGAGAAAUAUGUGUAAAAAAAAACAAAAAAAAAAAAAA